CGACGCUCACCUGCCGCUUCCCCGGCCCGGCGCACCUUGGCUGCGGGGCUCUCCUUCGGCCCGAGCGCGGCCGCCCUCCGUGGGCUUGGAACGGGGUUAGCGCCGUCCCAGCACCGUCUUCUCCCGAGACGUGGCCGGGUCGGGGCGUGGGGGAGUGAACUCGACGACUCCUUUCUUGAACCGCCCCUAUUCCCGCGGCCCCAGCCCAGCUCGGGGAAAAAUUGAGAGCGCCCCGACUUAGUUACGGAAGCCCACCACGCCGAGCCGGGCGCGUUUGCAAAAUGCCCCGGGCGUUCCUGGUGAAGAAGCCAUGCGUCUCCACGUGCAAGAGGAACUGGAGCGAGCUCCCGGACGAGGAGCGCGGCGAGAUCUACGUGCCAGUCAGCCUGGGCUUCUGCCCACCACAGCCCUACAGGGAGCCGGAGCCGUCAGUGGCCGAACCUCCUUCCUGUCCUCUGGCUUUGGACAUGAGCCUUCGGGAUUCCAGCUACAGCGUAGUCCCAGGACCCUGUGUGGUUGCACAGCUGCCCUCUGAGGACGUGGGCCGCCUGCCAGAUCCCCAGAGCAGAGACCAAGGCUUCCUGCGCACCAAGAUGAAGGUGACCCUUGGAGAUAGUCCGAAUGGAGAACUUUUUACCUGUCACAUAUGCCAGAAGACCUUCACCUACCAGCGUAUGCUGAAUCGUCACAUGAAGUGUCACAAUGACGUUAAGAGGCACCUCUGUACAUACUGUGGGAAGGGCUUCAAUGACACCUUUGACCUCAAGAGACAUGUCCGAACUCACACUGGUGUACGGCCCUACAAGUGCAGCCUGUGUGACAAGGCCUUCACCCAGCGCUGCUCUCUGGAGUCUCACCUCAAGAAGAUCCACGGGGUACAGCAGAAGUAUGCAUACAAGGAGCGUCGGGCCAAGCUUUAUGUGUGUGAAGAGUGUGGCUGCACAUCUGAGAGCCAAGAGGGCCAUGUCCUACACCUUAAGGAGCACCAUCCUGACAGCCCACUGCUGCGUAAGACCUCCAAGAAAGUGGCUGUGGCCCUGCAGAACACUGUCACUUCCCUGCUGCAGAGCAGCUCACACCUCUGAACAACAAACAGCACAGGUCCCAGGGAGGGACCAGGUUUGCGUCCCUGCUGCCCAGCUGACUUAACUUCCUGUGGCCUCUUGCCAGAACACCAGUAAUCAAGGCCAGAGCCCUCAUGCCUCAGUCUCCUCUGGGGCACAUCUGCUCACUCAGGUCUAGCACUGACCUCUGCUCAUUUUUAGAAAUUUGUCUGAGAGGCAGAGGUCACUCUGAGCCCAGGGUAACUUAUGUGUGACAAAGUGAUUUAAAAAGCAGCUGCCUGCUUCCCCACAGCAGGACUUUGGAGAUGUGACAAGAGGGGAUCCUGAGCACAAGAUGGACUGUGGAUCUCCAUGGACAGCAAAGUCAAAAGUACCCCUGCAAAUAACUGUACUGGGGGUCUGGCAGCAAUAAAUACACCUGCAGGGCUUCUAAUGCUCAGGAUUCUGGAGGGAUCUGCCCUUCUCAGGGGCCCAUGUAUGUAUAGAUGUAUAUCUGCAUAUCUGUGUGUCACAUGGCUCUGUGUGUAUGUACCUGUGAGUGGGUGUACACACGAUGACCUUUCCACAUAUCACCUCAUUCUUAAGAAACCAACCACGAGGUGCCAGGGAGGUUUUAUUUCCUUUUUUUUUUUUUUUUAAGAUGACAAAUGUACAGAUAUUAAUAUAUUUUUGGUGCCCAUGGUGAUACUGUUUUUAAGAGAGGGAUGGAGCUGGCUUUUCUCCACCCCCAUAUGGUUCUAUUUAUCCUGGACAUUUCAAACCUCCUCUUGUGCCUUGGCUGUGAGGGUGGCUAUGGCAGGCCCACCCUGUUCCCCCAGUUGUUCCACUGAAGACCUUCCUUCAGCCACACCGAGGGUGAACUGCUCCUUCUGUCCUUCUGCUGGACAGCACCUCACUUCCACUUUCCUCUCCCCAGGCUAGACCUCUAUCUACAUCCUUCUUCCAGGCCCCUGGUUCCCUGGUGAACCUAAUAGGUAUGACCCAAGGCCGAGGGUAGAUGCCACUGAGACUUUUCAACCAGGCGGGAUAGCAAGUCUUCAACAUUGAGUCCAAAUUUGCUGCCUGAAGUAGAAAGGCAAGUGCAGGGCCAGGCUAGGUGAGUCAAAAAUCUUAGCAUAGCAGCAAAAUGUAAGACAAAAUAACAUACCAGGAACCUUCAGAGGGAAGAGAGUAUGAGAUGGUUAGUAAAAUUUCUCUGUCGUCUUUUCUCCUGUUUUUCAAAUGGCUUGGCUGAGGUUUUGAGUGCCUGUGGACUAGCUGGCUCCUCUGAGGGAGUGGGUCUUUGUCCACUGGUAUGGCUGUGUGUCCUGCUGAGACUGAGAAAAGGGUUGUAGGUCAAAAGGGUGUAUGUCUUGUGGGCCAAAAGAGACAGGCAGGGGUUACACCUAGCCUGCAAAGAAGAGAGGCAGACCCACCAGAGAGCCCCAGAAUAUGGCAGGCUAGGAAGUUCCUGGAUGCAAAUCCCAUUAAAGGAAGUAAGGUCUCCCCUGCCUGGGGGUCCUGAUCUGGCCCCAGCCUUGGGCUGACCUGAGAAGAAGGAACAUUCUUAGACUCUCUGAACUGUGUAGAGACCAACUCUGAAGAUCUUUUUUUUCAUAUUAUUUUAGUGUGUAUGAGGAGCUGCUGUGUUCUGGAAGUUGUAGAAUGUAAAAUCAUGUUAUCUGGAAAAUCUGUUUGUGUUUACAUUUCUGUAUCCCUGGACUCAGUGUCAAUCUAAAGUAGUCAUUAGGCUCUGUGUUGUCUGUCUUAUUUUAUAACUUUCUCUUCAAUUAUUAAAGUGAGAAAACUAA